AGCGGCAGCUGUACAGCAGAGAGAAGGAGGCGGAGAAGAAGAAGACUGCUGUCAGGUUUACUGUUGAAGUGUCGUCUUUCUGCUUCACUACACAGACAGGCAUCGCAGCUAGGAGAGCAGAUAGACUGCUAACUGUUCAUUUUGACCGACUAUCACGAGGUUUUCGCUGCUAAUCAACAAACCUCGACACUGACGGGAUCGCACCUGCCUCGAAGCAUAUGGACAACAAAGCCUGAUCCAGCACUGCGCUGUGCGGCAACAAACCGAGCCAGGCUACCUGCGAAACUUCAAAGAUAUUCAUUUCUUUAAGAUCCUGUGCUGCACACAAUAGGCUGGUGCUGCAAGAGAAGGUUUGUGUGCAUGAAAUUUGGUGUUGGACUUCCAUAUUGAAGGCCGAUCCGACCCGUGCCUGGCUGGUUUAAUUAUAGCAACACUUGUCGUAAUUUCUGCACGGACAGCCAACAGUGGAAGAUUUUUGAAGGGUCGAGAAGGAGAAUAUCAGGCCUACGUCGGUGUUUUAAUAACUUAAUAGCCUAACCCUGCUGGUUUGAUAGUCGCCGUCAGCAGCCCUCUGUGUUCAAUGUUCCCUUGAAAAACAGGAGAAUUAUGUGGGUCAGUCCCGAAGAUGUGUUACUGGCGGGCGCAUUAUGGAUCACCGAGAGAGCGAAUCCAUAUUUCAUCCUCCAGAAACGGAAGGGCCACGGGGAUGGAGGCGGAGGUCUGGCAGGUUUGCUGGUUGGGACCCUGGACGUCGUCUUGGACUCCAGUGCUCGGAUGGCUCCAUACAGGAUCCUUUACCAGACUCCUGACUCUUUAGUUUACUGGAUCAUUGCUCAUGGAACCUCCCGCAAAGAGAUCACCGAGCACUGGGAGUGGCUGGAACAUAACCUGCUGCAGACUCUCUCCAUCUUUGAGAAUGAGAAUGACAUUACUACCUUUGUCAAAGGAAAAGUCCAGGGCAUCAUUGCGGAGUACAACAAGAACCACGACGUCAAAGAGGACGAUGACACGGACAAGUUCAAGGAGGCCAGCACCAAGUUUCGUAAACUGUUUGGUAUGCCGGAGGAGGAAAAGCUGGUCAACUAUUACUCCUGCAGCUUCUGGAAGGGCAAGGUGCCACGACAGGGAUGGCUCUACCUCAGCAUCAACCACCUCUGCUUCUACUCCUACUUACUAGGAAAAGAAGCCAAACUGGUGGUGCGUUGGGCAGAUAUCACCCAGCUGGAGAAAAGCGCCACCCUUUUGCUGCCUGACGCGAUCAAGGUGAGCACCCGCAUGAACGAGCACGUCUUCUCUGUCUUCCUCAACAUCAACGAGACCUUUAAGCUGGCGGAGCAGCUGGCCAACAUCGCCAUGCGUCAGCUCCUGGACAACAAAGGCUUCGAGCAGGACCGCUCGCUGCCCAAGCUCAAGAAGAAGUCACCCAAGAAGGUGUCAGCACUAAAGAGGGAUUUGGAUGCAAGAGCGAAGAGUGAGCGUUACCGGGCGCUCUUCCGUCUGCCCAAAGAUGAAAAACUGGACGGACACACAGACUGCACCCUGUGGACCCCCUUUAACAAGAUGCACAUCCUGGGACAGAUGUUUGUUUCCACCAACUACAUCUGCUUCACCAGCAAGGAGGAGACGCUGUGCAGCCUCAUUAUCCCGCUACGAGAGGUGACCAUCGUGGAGAAGGCAGACAGCUCCAACGUGCUGCCCAGCCCGCUCUCCAUCAGUACCAAGAAUCGUAUGACAUUCCUGUUUGCUAACCUGAAGGACCGAGACUUCCUGGUCCAGAGGAUUUCUGACUUCCUGCAGCAGACCAGCUCCAAGAUCCACAUAGAGAGGGAGCUUACCAGCAGCCUAAACAGCUCAGAUGACGAGGUUUCCUCCCAGCAUGGAUCCCUGUUCUCCAGCAGCCCACAGCACAGUUUGAGCUCAGACGGCGAGCGUACGUUCAACCUGAAUGACAGCAGAGUGCCAACAGCCACACAUGCCCUCAUGACCAUGUACCGCCGCCGCUCACCUGAGGAGUUUAAUCCCAAACUGGCGAAGGAGUUCCUAAAGGAGCAGGCGUGGAAGAACCACUUUGCCGAGUACGGACAGGGAGUGUGUAUGUACCGCACCGAGAAGACGAAGGAGCUGGUCCUCAAGGGCAUUCCUGAGAGCAUGAGAGGAGAGCUCUGGCUGCUUUUCUCUGGGACAGUCAACGAGAUGGCCACCCAUCCCGGAUACUACGAAGACCUGGUGGAGAAGUCGAUGGGCAAAUACAACCUGGCAACAGAGGAGAUAGAGAGGGACCUGCACCGCUCUCUCCCUGAGCACCCGGCCUUUCAGAAUGAGAUGGGCAUCGCUGCCCUCCGCAGGGUCCUUACAGCCUACGCAUUCAGAAACCCCAACAUUGGAUACUGUCAGGCUAUGAAUAUUGUGACAUCUGUGUUGCUGCUCUAUGCCAAAGAAGAGGAGGCUUUUUGGCUGCUUGUGGCGCUCUGUGAGAGGAUGCUGCCUGACUACUACAACACUAGGGUUGUAGGGGCCCUAGUGGAUCAGGGGGUGUUUGAGGAGCUCGCCCGUGAGUACAUUCCUCAGCUGUAUGACUGCAUGCAGGACCUCGGGGUCAUCUCGACUAUCUCGCUCUCCUGGUUCCUCACCCUCUUCCUGUCAGUCAUGCCGUUCGAGAGCGCCGUGGUGGUGGUGGACUGCUUCUUCUACGACGGCAUCAAGGUCAUCUUUCAGCUGGCGCUCUCCGUGCUGCACGCCAACAUCCACCAGCUGCUGGGCUGCAAGGAUGACGGCGAGGCCAUGACCGUACUGGGCAGAUACUUGGACAGUGUGACCAAUAAGGACAGCACCCUCCCCCCCAUCCCCCACCUGCACUCCUUACUGACAGACAAUGGAGAACCGCAUCCAGAGGUCGACAUCUUCAAACUGGUCCGCAGCUCCUACGAGAAAUUUGGUUCAAUCCGUGCAGAUGUGAUUGAACAGAUGCGUUUCAAACAGAGACUGAGAGUCAUCCAAACCAUUGAAGAUACAACUAAACGCAACGUGGUCAGGACUAUUGUAACAGAGACUGCCUUCAGUAUUGACGAGCUGGAGGAGCUCUAUGUGCUCUUCAAGGCGGAGCACCUGACCAGCUGUUACUGGGGCGGCAGCAGCAACCCCACAGAGCGCCACGACCCCAGCCUGCCCUACCUGGAGCAGUACCGCAUCGACAUGGAGCAGUUCAAAGGCCUGUUCAACCUGCUGUUCCCCUGGGCCAACGGAGCCCACUCAGACCCCCUGGCUUUGCGCCUCUUCCGUCUCCUUGACCAAAACGGAGAUGCCCUCAUCAAUUUUCGGGAGUUCAUCAGUGGCCUGGGUGUCCUGUGUCACGGGGACCUCACUGAGAAGCUGAAGCUCCUCUACAAGAUGCAUGUCAUACCUGAAAACACUCAUGAACCGGAAGAGCCCGACUCUGCCUUUGAGGCCACUCAGUAUUUCUUUGAAGACAUCACUCCAGGAACGUCCAUCGGUCACGACUCAAAGUGCAGAAGUGCGAGGGAUGAUGGCUUUGUCAGAGUUACAUUUAAGACUGAAAGAGUGAAGAAACUCAACACUCCUGAAUAUCGCCAUUACCUGAAACUGUGGAACCAGGAGACAAAAUCUAAACUAGAAAACACAAAAGACCUCCCCAAGCUGAAUCAGAGUCAGUUUAUCGAGCUUUGCAAGACCCUCUACAGCAUGUUCAGUGAGGAUGUUGCAGAACAGGAGCUCUAUCACGCCACAGCGACAGUCACCAGUCUGCUGCUGGAAAUGGGAGAGGUGGGAAAGCUCUUCUCCUCCUCUGGCAGGAAGGACCACAACAUUGAGGGUGAAUCGGGGCCGAGCAUGUGCACGAGAGACGCCACAGAUCCCAAAAGCAGCCCGGAGGCCGUGCUGGAUGGCAUGUUCCAGCAGCGGGGCCAGGGGGACGGCUUUGCCCUUGCAGGUCUGGAGAACAAGCCCAGCCCCUGUGAGGAGGGGAAGGGGGACGAAGGGAGCGAGCAGCUGCCGUCUAUGCAAGACAUCAGGCUGGAGGACUCGUCUCCCAAAGACACAGGCAUUUCAUCUGCCAUGCUUAUCUCGGAUGAUGAAACCAAAGAUGACACUUCAAUGUCGUCUUAUUCGGUGCUCAGCGCUGGCUCCCACGAGCUGGACGAGAAGCUGCAGUGCGAGGACAUUGCAGACGACACUGUGCUGGUACGCAGCGAGGACGGCUCCAGUGGUGAGAGAAGUAACCGGCCUCACAGCAGCGGCGGACCCCACGACAGAGGGCUGCCUCACAGCACGAGCAUUGAUAAAGACUGGACCAUCACGUUUGAGCAGUUCCUGGCCUCUGUGCUCACCGAGCAGGCCCUGGUGCAUUAUUUUGAGAAGCCAGUGGAGGUCGCAGCUUGUAUAACUAACGCCAAGAAUGUGCAGACAGUCGGCCGCCCCCUGCUGUCAACAAGUGACUAUGAGAUCUCGCUUUCUGGCUGAGAUUUCACACACACAGACUUUUUAAAAAGGGAAACAUGAUUAUCAGUCGUCAGUCUCUGAGUUUUAGAGGACAAUGAAGGUGGGUGUAUGUGUAUGAUAGUUGAAUGAAUGUGACCAAAAACUGCUCUUAGUGAUGUAUUUUACCAGAUGUGAAAGACUUUUAUUAUAACAAUCACUAGAUUCUGUCCUGCUAAGAGGGAACAGGACAUUAAUAUUAGGGUUUGCUCAGAUGAAAUCAGUGUGUACAUGUAGUAGCCGUACUUUAUAAACAUUAUGCAUAGGUAUUAAUAUUGUAAUCUCUAGUACUCUUAAGCUAUGUAGAUGUCCAUGAUAUAGUACACUGGGAUAUUGAUAGUCUACGUACGAUCACCUAACGUUAUAUCUGGGUCAAACUAUCGCUUCCUUACUUUACGAUUCCAUUUGCAAACAUUUUUUAGUUUCUCUUGGAAUGACAAUACGGACAAAUACAAAACAAAGCUGUGAAAAUUCAAUGAUUAAGUGAAUUUUCAUGUAUUAGUGCAUAAUGUGUCACUUUGGCUGUUGAUUGAAACUAUUUUCCCACACACACACAACUUCCUGAACAUUCACUCCCCAGGAUAAUGUUUAUUUAUUGGAAAUCGCAAACAACUUUUUUGUUUUUACUCAAAAGAAAAAGCACUCACACCUGAUGAUUAAGGAAUUCAUGUGUCCUAAGAAAUGAUUACACUAAAAAAGGUGUUGAAUGAGAAACCUGCACUUCCUUUAUGUUUACAACAUAAUGUGGUCCACUAAUGUAUUAUGGCCUUUUAUAUUAAAAAAAAACAAAACAACUAUUUUAACCUUUUUGCUCUGUACAUUUUUACGUUGCUGUAUUCAACUUGUUUUUAUGUGAAUAUUUUUUUAUUUUAAAUGUCCAGGUGUUAUUACUCUGGAUUCUGAUGCAUUGUGUAGGCUAUCACUCCAUCUAAUUAAAGUUACAGUAUGAUUGAUCCAAUGCUGCACAGAA